AAAGUCUUAAUGUAAUUGACUUUAUAAUAAUUUACUAUUUCUACUGAUUUGCAGAUAAAUGGAGCGAUAUUAUAACAAAACGAGUGCUUCAGAUUCUAAAAGAAAUUUGGAUAAAUUGGAUAACUCUGAUGAUUUGGAUUCUUUGCCAUGGGAUCCAGCUGAAAGAAAAAAGAUAUCGCAGUAUCUUCCGAAUCAAAAAGACGAAGUAAGGCGGAAAUAUUUAACUAGAGGUCCAUGUCAACCAUAUGGUCAUGUUUUUCAAAAGAAGAAGUUUGGAACAGCAAUGAGGCGGUUUAAUCCAGCUUGGUUUGAGAAGUAUGGUAAUUGGCUAGAGUACAACGUCUCCAAAGAUAAAGCAUUCUGUUUGUGUUGCUAUUUGUUCAGAGAUGACAUACCAAAAAAAGGUGGAAAUCAUGCUUUUGUGACUGAAGGUUUUUCUUGUUGGAAAAACCCCGAGGCUUUAUCUGAGCAUGUAGGUGGAAUUAAUAGCUUUCAUAAUAUUGCUGUUAAGAGAUGUGAUGAUUUGAUGAACCAAGGUCAGUCAAUUGUGCAUGCUUUUUAUAAGCAAGGCGAUGUGGUGAAAAAUGAAUAUCGCAUCCGGUUAAAUGCUUCAGUUGAUGCUUCUAGGUACUUGUUACGACAAGGAUUACCUUUUCGCGGUCAUGACGAAGGAAAAGAUUCUGCUAAUAAAGGAAACUUUGUAGAGCUCUUGAAGUAUAACGGAGAACAAAAUGACGCUGUAAGUAAGGUUAUUUUGGAGAACGCUCCAAAAAAUAAUCAGAUGGUUUCUCAAGUGAUUCAGAAAGAUAUUGUACAUUGUUUUGCUCAAGAAGUACUGAAAUCUAUCAUGGAAGAAAUCGAUCAUGGAGUGUUCGGUUUGAUGGUCGAGGAGUCUGCAGAUGUUUCUAACAAAGAGCAAAUGGCUAUUGUCUUUCGGUUUGUUGAUAAAAGUGGAUUAGUUAAAGAGAGAUUUGUGGGAGUUACUCAUGUAAAAGAAACGUCUUCUUUAUCUUUGAAAUCUGCAGUUGAUGACUUGUUUGCAAAACAUGGGUUGAACCUGAAACAGUUGAGAGGACAAGGUUAUGAUGGAGCAAGCAAUAUGAAGAGACAGUUUAAUGGGCUGAGAGCAUUGGUUGCUAGAGAAAAUAGUUCAGCCUAUUAUGUACAUUGUUUUGCUCAUCAACUUCAGCUAGUUGUGGUGGCAGUUGCGAAAAAGAGCUUUGAAGUUAGUAAUUUUUUUGACAUGGUUUCGACUUUGCUGUAUGUGGUUGUGGCUUCUUGCAAGAGGAAAGAUACACUUCUUGAUAUGAAUCGGAAGAGGGUGGAGGAAGGGAUUGACAGUGGUGACAUUAACACUGGAACGGGGCAAAAUCAAGAGAUUUCUCUUCCAAGGCCUGGAAAUAUUCGUUGGGGUUCUCAUUAUAAAACUUUGCUGCGUCUGGUUUAGUUGUUUCCUUCAGUCAUUGAAAUCCUUGAAAGUGUUCAAGAUGAAGGUGCUGAUGACUCAAAAAGAUGUCAAGCAUAUGGUCUUCUCAAGUAUUUUCACACAUUCGAUUGUGUGUUCUAUUUGCAGUUGAUGCUGUUUAUUUUGGGAGUAACUGAGAAUUUGUCAAUGGCUUUACAAAUGAAGAAUCAAGAUAUUUCAAAUGCCAUGUCACUUGUAGAUUCAACUAAACGGGAGUUGCAAUAAUUUCGAGAAGAUGGAUGGGAUUUGCUAAUGGGUAAAGUUUCAUCAUUCUGCAAAAAGAAUAAAGCUACUAUGCUUGUGAUGGAUGAAGAAUUUGUGGAUUUAAGGAGGCCAAGGAAAAAAACAGGUGUAACCAAUCUGCAUCAUUAUAAGGUUAAUUGUUUCUACACUGUUAUGGAUUUGCAACUUCAAGAGCUUAAUGAUCGAUUUACUGAGGUAAACACUGAUUUGCUUAUUUGCAUGGCUUCUUUAAGUCCUGCCAAUUUCUUCCGUGAGUUUGAUAAGUCAAAGCUGUUGAGAUUGGUUAAGUUAUAUCCUGAUGAUUUUAGUUUUGGAGAGUGUCUAUCUAUGGAACACCAUCUUGGAAUCUACAUUGACAAUAUAAAAAACGAUGAACGGUUUAAGAAUUUGAAGAAUCUUGGAGAUCUUUCUCGUCUGAUGGUGGAAACAAAAAAGCAUCUUGUACAUCCUUUAGUUUAUAGGCUCUUGAAGUUGGUUUUAACAUUGCCUGUUGCUACUGCAAAUGUUGAAAGGUGAUUUUCUGCAAUGAAAUUAGUGAAGACAGCUACACGCAACCGAAUUGGAGACGAGUUUCUAAGUGAUUGUUUAGUAUGUUAUAUUGAAAAGGAGUUGUUUGAAUCUGUUACAAACGAAGCAGUGGUGAACCGAUUUCAAUCCAUGAGAGAGCGUAGGAUCCAUUUAUAAUGAUUUGUACGGUUUUAUGACAAUGUUUUUUAUAUUUUAUUUAGUAAUUUUUAUUUCUGCCCCUGAUACGUAUAGUUUCUAGAUCCGCCACUGGUCCAGGAUCCAAUGUCCAUGGUGUAUUUGAGCCGGUCCUGCCUCCAGUGAUCGUCGAGUGACUGGACUCUGGCUGUGAGUUUAAGGCAGACGAAAAUUAAAAUCACUUCAUCCCUAUCUGAUUUUAUGCAUUUUGAUGUCUCUCUCGCCGACGUUUAAAGCUUCCUCGCCAUCUUUAAAUGUUACCUUUCUCUCGCUCACCGCUGCUCACAUAUCCUGCCUUAUCGCCUUAUCAUACGUUUGCAGUAUGGGGUUUUGGAUUUCAAUGUUAGUGAAUGUCUUUCGUAUUAACUAUAGAACACGUGUUUACUUAAACAAAUGAAAGCGUGUUAGUCAAUGUCUUUCGUAUUUACUAUAGAACACGUGUUUACUUAAGCAAAUGAUGUUCUAUCAAUUUUUUAUAAUGCGAUGACGUCUUUUUCAGUGUAAAAACUUUAAAAAAUUCUCACAAAAUACUUAUAUAAUUUUUGAAUGGUGACCAAGAAACGAAAAGAAUAUUGAAUUCCUUAUCAUUCCCAAAAAAAUCACCAUUCAAAAGGAAUAAUUUUUCAUUCUUGUUCUUCCCUAUUCUUUUUUUUGUAGAAAAAUAAAAAACAAAAAAUUACUUAUUAAAUUUGAUAAUGAACAAACAUUCCUUUUUAUUUCUGCAAUUUUGUUCCUAUACGUUCAUUUCCUAUUCGUUCUUUGUGUUCUCGAAAAUGUCACCAAUCAGACCCAUUUAGUAUGCAUCUUAUUAUUCAAUUCCCAAUUAAUACUUAAACAUUAAACAAAUAAUUUAAGUAUUUUAAUAGCAUAUACUCUUUCCGUUUCAUAAACUUCAAUGUUUUAAAGAAAAAUUGUUUAAAAAUAUAUUUUGCUGUAUUUUUAAUGCAUGUUUUAUCAACUAAUAAUGAUUAAUUGUAUAUUUCAAAAAAUUAAUCAUUAUUAGUUGAUAAACAUGCAUUAAAAAUGAGAAUCCAAAAUACUCAUCAUUAUAAAAUAAGGAGAGUAUGAAUUACAUCAAAUAUUUUUUGGGAACUUUCCUCCAUUUUGAAUGGCUCUCAUCUGGGACAAGGUAACGCUUUUCGAAAUUAUGUUCAUCUUUAUUAGAAACAUUCAAAGAUCUAACAUUCAAGUCAUUUUGCAUUCUAGUCUCAUAUUCCUUGUAGUAUACCAUGUAUGUAGAGUUCAGUCAUUCCAUAUACAGAUGAAACGUAGAAAUAUAGAUGUGAACUAGCUCCUUUGUAAAACUUAUUUUUGUUGCUAGUUUCAAUAGUAUUCUCACUUUUCCCAACCGUAACUCCCUAUGUAUAUUGUACUAUUGCAAGCCGUUGAUGCCCGGCCAUUAAUGCGUACAUUUUUAUCUAGACUAUUGGAAAAUAGCCUAUCUUGACCAUAAUAAUUUUAAUCUUGAUAAAUAUGACCUAAACAACUAUUCUAUGCCAAAUAUGAUUCAAAUUUUAUUAAAAUUCAAAUUUUCUAUCGAAAUUUGCUUCCAUAACUCAAAAUAAUAUUUUGACUAACAAAGUGUUAGGCAACCACUAAAAUAGACAAACGAGGUUGUUUUGUGUUUAGGAUAAAAUUUUAAAAAUUGUUAUGGUUAAAGGAUUUGACCCAAGCAUAGACACUCGCUUCACCAUGCAUACUAAGUUACUAACCACUCGCUCACUUAUAAUUCUGUAAUAAUUAUAUAAGAUUUAUAUACAUACAACAACGAAGUGAAGCAACAUCAGACCCUUUGCAACUAAAGAUGAUGCAAGGUUUCUCAACUGACUGUUGGACUGAACAUUGAAGUAUUGCAAUCUGAAAGAGUUCCCUAGCUUUACCGGUGGAACUGUGAACCUUUGCUUGUUUAUAUUACAUAUAAAUAUUUUGACAGAUUGAAUUGAUCCAUACGCUACUUCUUGUGAAUCUAAGUUUUAUGAAAUUAAAUUACCAUUCUACUUUGUCUUUCUUGAUUAGAAAAAACAUCAUUUUGCAAUUUCGUAAUGACCACUAAGUAUACAUCAUUCGAAAACUGGACUGGUAGAUAUGUCGCUGAAAAGAACACAAAUCAUUGCUUGUCCGAAACUACACGGUCAUUUAUUAUAACAGACAGAAAAAUUGAACAUCUUUCUUGUCUCCGUGAUCAUAAUUCAAACUUCAACAUGUGUUUAGACCCAUAAAGAAACUGGUUUUGAUUAAACCAAAAAAAAAAAA